UGCAGGACUAUUUAGUUACAUUCCACCUGGAAAAUGGAUAGAGUCGGAGAUCAACAGCAAAUGGAAUUGUUUAAAGAACGAACAUGGCCUGAGUUUAAGGUUGGCCAUUUAUUUCAUGUUGUCUUAAACUUCAAUCGAUUUGUGGGGAAAAUCAACAUACAUUUUCGUGAGCCAUUGACCUUCAAGUUGAAGUUAAAUAGGGUUAUGUGUUAUCCCACUCAACUAUUGUACACAACUAAUGAAAUGAAGAAUGUCAUAGAGUUGGAUUUGUGCACUCUGAACAAGGCAAUGACUGUCAAGGUACCUCAUUUUACAUCAAAGAAUUUUUAUCAAUCUACUUAAGCAGUUGCAAUUCAAGAUCAGUGGUUUUGUCAUAGCUAGCUUUGAAAAGAAUCGAGGAGAGUUGUUGCUGAGGGGAAAAAGUCAUUUGUUUUAACUUAGUCAAUUCUUACGCGGCUUAAACCUCACACAAGAGCUUCAAUCAGUUUGGUAUAUGGAGGUGAUAUUAGACCCAAUGGAGGCUUCGUAGGGCCGGUACUAGCAGUCAGGCGAAAGGCUCUUGGCAGUCGGGGAGAAGGUCGAUGAUGCUUUCAAGGUUGCCUGCCAAAACUUUCGGGAAUUUAAUGGAAGCAAGGAAAGUGAAUACCAUGGUCUCUACCCUUGGCUGUAGCUCAAAGACCGAGCUGCUGAAAAAAGAUGAAACUUAAACUUUGUAAUCCACAUGUUUUUUGUAAAAACAAGGCAUGUGUACAAUGAUCUCCUUCAACUGCAAGCCUCAACCUAUAUUACAUUUUAUACUGCAUUUUUACAUAUAA